UAAGAACCGACAACAAUCUUCUCUCAGUUCCCCUGAAAUAUAAAUACCUAUAACCAUGCCGAAAUGACAUAAAACGAGUGAAAAGAAAUCGACAGGUUUAUAUGAGCUAGUCACAAAUAUAUUGGAUACUAGGCCUAUUUAAUUGUUGUUGUUGUCAUAACAACUAGUAGUGGUUUGUCAACUUUUGUAAUGGGCUUGUUAAGUCUUCUAAGGAGAUUGAAAUCCAAACCAGAACAAGAAAUAAGAAUUCUUCUUCUUGGUUUAGAUAAUGCAGGAAAGACAACUUUGCUUAAACACUUGGCAUCUGAAGAUAUAACUCAAACAACUCCCACUCAAGGAUUUAACAUCAAAAGCGUUCAGUCACAAGGGUUCAAACUAAAUGUUUGGGAUAUUGGAGGACAGCGAAAAAUUCGCCCAUAUUGGAAAAACUACUUUGAAAAUACAGAUAUCUUGAUUUAUGUGAUCGAUAGUUCAGAUAAAAAGCGCUUUGAGGAAACCGGAGAAGAACUCUUGGAACUUUUAUCAGAAGAUAAAUUAGCUGGAGUUCCUUUAAUAGUGUUCGCCAACAAACAGGACUUGCUCACUGCCGAACCAGCAAACAGAAUAUCAGAUGGGCUUGGAUUACUAACUAUUCGAGAUAGACCAUGGCAAAUUCAAGGCUGUUCAGCUUUAACUGGCAAUGGUAUACAAGAAGGAAUAGAAUGGGUGAUAAAAUCAGUGAAUACUCGUUCAAAAAUGAAAUAGAAUAAAAGAUAAUUUAUAAAUAUUCAAUAUUGUUUUAUUAUUUAUCUUAUAAUCUACCAUGAUUAUUGUACAGUGAAUCCAUGAAUAGUACAUUAUAUACUAAUAUGAUUUCAAUUAGUUACCAUGUCAACCAGAUGAUCUAAUGCCAGUAUUCAUUCAUGGUUUAAGAAGAAGAAGAAGAAGAAGAAG